AUCACUGUAUUAGGUAUAUAUUCGUGAUAGACAGAUCGUUCCCGUAGCUCGCGGCCUUCCAGGGUUAAUGCAUUCGGGUGGGCCGUAAUUUCAUGGUCUUGUUUCAAUCUUUCCAUCGCCAUCGCGAGAGGCGUGUCUCGGCAACGUCAAGCGUGGUUACGCUGGCCCUCGUUUCCAAAAAUGAGUAUCAGAUCAUGGGUUACUUCUGCUUGAGCGUUCGGCUAGACAACAUAUGUCAAGGAGAUUCCAAGUUGAUCCUGUCACAGCUAAUGCCAGGUCAUUAUGGCCCGGUUAGAGUAAUAGUGCUGGACUGAGCGAAACUUGCAAAAAGCUAGAAGUGCUCCUCUCAUGCGCUGACAUACUAAU